AUUGUCUCAGACAACCCAUGAGUCUGCUUGAGUUAAUACCGUGAGCAGCUACCAACAUUUACAUGGAUAAUGCAUAGAGUAAAUUGUAUACUUCAUUACUGCAGGUGAAGCAAAUUGCAGGAUGGAAUGGCUAGAAUUACAUCUCAAUCAGUGACAUUGCGGAAGCAUAAUUUGCAUGGAUACUGAACUUUACAGAAUGACGAGGCGGACUGGGCAAGAUUUCUAUGGAAUCUGUCAUGACAGAAAGUAAAACUUAUUAAUUGUAAGUUACCUUGUUGGAUGAAACUGGUGAUAUGAACCUUGCAGUUAUGGCAAUGAUUUGAAAGGAAUAAACAUUCAAGUAUUGCAGGUAUUUUUGGUCAGAAAUAUUAAAUAACAACAAAGAAUCUUAUUUGUGCAAGACCCUAUGAGUCCUAAUUUAUAAUCAAAUUUGAAUUUAAUAAUUAUGAAUUAUUAAUUAUGGAUGCAAACAAUAAUUAGUAAACUCAUAUGGUGCAAGAACAGGCUAAUGAAAAAUUUCUAAACACCAAAAAUUUAACUGAAUAAAUUUAAAAAUCAAGCACUUAUAGCACAGCUUGACUUGUGUAGAUGAGCUGCAUCACUGAGCUGUGUCACCAGAGUCAUGCCCAAACUACUGACAUUAGUGAAGUGGAUGUGAUGAGAAGUAUGUCUAAAUUCUGAUAAUAUAACUAGCAGAAUUAAAAAAUCAAGCAUGCUUUUAGAGCACUGCUUAACAUAUCUAUAAAGACAUAAACUGAAGCAUCUGAGAGCUGCAUCACACAAUUCAUGCAGUAUCUUCUGACAUGAGUGAAGUGGAUGUGAUGAGAUGAGUACCAGCAGCCCUGUGGUGAUGAGUGUUGUGGUGGUGAUACGUAAGCUGCUUGCGGCGCUGUGGUCGGUGGUGGGCGCCGUGAAGCGCUGCUUCUGCUGCGUCAGGAGACGGCGAGACUCCUGCCCCAGCCUGCCCGUCCUGCUGCAGCCUGCGACCGACACUAGUUAUAACCAAGAUGUUGAUGUGUGUGGGGGGCAGGACAGCGCCUGCUGGGGGGACUGGGACGGCGGUCCGUCCUCGGUGGUGUGUGAGGGCCGCAGCAGCGCCGCGCCACGGCAGAUGUCGGCCGUCCAGGAGCAGAUCUUCUUGUACCGCCAGCAGCAGCAGAUGCGGCAGUCUGAACCUGUUCCUGAACAGCCAAAUUUACUUGAGGAACUGGCUCCUAAAAUUGCGCGUAAACCACAAGUUGUGAUAUACGCGCGACCAGACGACGACGAGCAGCGAUGCGCCGCCCGCACCAGCCUGUCCUGCACUGACGCCCUCAUGCAGGUGGGCGGCGAGUUGGGCGAGUGGGACGAGGAGGGCGGCGAGACGCACUGGGACGACGACAGCGAGGACGUGGCGCCUGAACACGUCGCGUGCGUGCUGCAGCAACAGCGGCAGCAGCGACAACAACAGCGUCUUGCUAGAGAGCAGCGUAAACAGCAGCAGCUGCAGCAACACAGGGAUAACCGCGCCAAGAUGGCUACCAAGAUAUCCUAGUGUUGGAUAUUCAUGUUUUAAAAAGUUAUUUAUGCUUUAAAAAUUACCGAAUAAUAAUAACACAGUUGACUGUACAACACCUAAAAACCACCAAGAUAUCCUAGUGCUGGAUAUUCCUUUAGGGGUCACCGAGAUAUCCUAGUGUUGGAUAUUCCUUUAGGGGUCACCAAGAUAUCCUAGUGUUGGAUAUUCCUUUAGGAGUACGCUAGACGAAGGAAAUUGCCUGCCCAGGAUACAUGAUUAGGAACCUAGAUAUCCUUCGGUGGGAUACAAAUUUCAUGAUGACCUAAUAUCCUGAUCUUAGGAGGAUAUUGCCUGCCACGGAUACAUGUUUACGAACCUAGAUAUUCUAGAUCUUAGAUUUCCAAUGGUAGAAAUAAAAGAUGUCCAGAGAUAAAUGUUGUUGAUGUUUUCCUGUUUGUUCUAGUGUAUGUUUGGAUAUUAUUUCUUAAUUAGUAGUAAUUUAUAUUUUUAAUAUACGUGUGUUAUAAUCCACCGUGCUUAGUUCACUCGUCUUUCCAUGUGAUUGUACAAUGUUAUUUAUGAAGGAGUCAAAUUUUUGUGAAUCUUUCAGGAAUGUGCGUGUUGUUUUAUCUUGUGUGUACAAGAAGCUAUUUGCACUCGACUUGUCUUUGGAUGGCAACAAACAAAUACUUGUUACCGCUUGUUUCACUCCUUCCUAAGCAGAUUCCUUGUUUUACAUGUCGCUUUACGCUAUUAUUUCCCUUGGGUAUUUUUCCCUUCACUCGGCGUUUGAGGUCUUCUACUUAUAUAUUUUUGAACAAAUAAACAUUAGCAAUUCGUGAAGGAUAUUAUAAACUGGUGUAAUGGUUUGGAAUUUUGAGAAAUGAGAGGCUGACGAUAGUGUUGUGAGGUUACCUUAAGCCAAACUUCUUGUAUUAUAUUUAAUGCGAGAAUACCUAUUUAGGUCGAGCUUGUUUUGUCCAUCUACGCCAAACCUGUAAUUAUAUACAUAAUCUUAAUGCAAUGAAAUUAUCUGAAUUUCUUGAAACGUUAAGCGCGACUAAAUGGAUCUAUGAUGAACUGCCAGCUGCUAGUAAAUAGGUAGUAGCUACAACUGCUUGUUCACUUGGUAUUUAUUUCUUCUUUCAUUUGUUUGUGGCGAAUUCAUGCAUUUUAGUGUAAAGUGUGAGCGCGGGCGGCUGUGUUUAUGAGUGCAAAUUAUGCAUUACACACGAGAAUCAUGUAUAACUUUGUAUAAAAGUUCAUUGCCACUGAAAAAGGCAGGAUUAUUGUACGUUAACAUAAUUACAGAUGGUUUGGUUAUACUGAAAAUGUUCCGCUUGCUGCGCCUUGAUGAACGUUACUUGUUUUCUUGAUGAUAUUCCUAUCUGUAUCCAGAAUUUUGUAUUUUACGCUUAUAUUCGAGGGGAUUUUAUGGAAGCGAAUUGGGAACCCAAUGCUUUAUUAUUACUUACGUGCUUAGAUAUGACUAGCGUUCUGGGCAUGCGUAGUGCUACGGUUAUCCCUGUGCUAUCUCAAGUUAUCAAAAAUUCAUUCCUCUGUAGUUAUGUCGUAGCUUUUAUAUUCUCAGUAAUGCGUUGUAUUUUAGUCUCAAAAACAUUGGAGCCAGAUGACGGCGUAGUGGGAAUAAAAGCAAGUACCGAAACUAUUUGUUACUGUUAAUUGUAAUCGACCUUCUGCUAUGGAGGAGAGAUCGCUGAUUUUGCGAGUCAUGGGACGUAAUUAAACUCAUUUAGGAGCGGAAGGCAUGAACUAUAUGAUGGCUGUACAAGGCUAUGUCCCUAACUCCAUUGUUUGUCUUGCCCUCACAAGAGGCAAUAGUGAAAAAAUUUUAUUUUAAAGUUACGCGGUAUUAGUUACCAGGUUUGGUAAUUCAUACCACAAUGAGGAGUGGGAGGGUAAGCGUUACUGGUAUGCCAAACCAAACAAGUUUGUGGGGAAUCAUUUGAGUGCGAUUUGAGAAAAGUUGAAGUUUCGUCAAACUUGGAUGUAACUCAUGUAACUCAUAACUCAAACUUGGAUGUAACUGCUUCUUAAAAACUACGCUGUAAAGCGAAGUUAAUUACUUAAUCAACAAUAUUAUGAGCCAAAAAUACGACUGGUUCAACUGUUACGAUGCGGUGGCUUAAGGACUUAUCUCAUCCUAAUGUCGCAUUCUCGUGUGUGUAGGCGAGGUUGUUUGUUGUACCUUGGACCAAAAUACUUGAUAUUAGUUUGUGCUCCGAUGUUAUGAGAUGAAAUCUAUCAAUAUUUUAGUGCCUGCUCAGUUUACUUUAUUCUCCUGCUCGUAAUUUAUUUUUUUAGUAGAUUGGGAAUGAAAAGAUCAUGAUGUCGCUAUCAACAAUUACAAUGCAGAGCAUUUAGGUAUUCACAAUGAAUAAUAAUAUAGUAAAUCAACUAAUGCCACGAAUUUUGUCAGGUCUUCCAAGUUUUUUGGAAUGAGUUUUAUCUUCCCAAUACCUUUGAUAUAUCUAUUUAAAUUAUUGAUACUAGGUCACUCGAAUCGAAAAUUCACUAAAAAUUUAAAAGAAAAUGAAAGUCCAGAAAAAGUCACCAUAUCACCAAGAUAUGGUGACUUUUUAUCGAUUUUUUUCGUAAUAUUCAGUUGUUUGCAUUUCAAAUAUGGCGUCUCAGUGCCAAUGCUGCCUUCAGUGUUGACUGAUGACGCGAUGUGUGACGCCCGCUUCAGUGUUGACUGAUGACGCGAUGUGUGACGCACGCUUCAGUGUUGACUGAUGACGCGAUGUGUGACGCACGCUUCAGUGUUGAGUGAUGACGCGAUGUGUGACGCACGCUUCAGUGUUGAGUGAUGAUGCGAUGUUGUCAUCUUACCUUGUCACUCCUCGUCCAAAGUUCUCCACUAAAUGAAGUUUGUAUGCACGAAAUACAAUGAGUUUUAGGGACUUUAUUCAUGAAGCUUCAUUUCAGUUAGCUUCACGCUGUCCGAAUGUUCUUGGAUGCAAAUUUUCUGGACUUCAGCGAAUUAUAGACGGAUAUUUGCCUGACUUCAGUUAAAUAUAAACGUAUGUCUACUGGAAUUCAGUAAAAUGUAAACUAUGUAAACGUAUGUCUACUGGAAUUUAGCGAGUCCUCGUAUAUAGUCUCGCUAAUUUCAGUUGUAGUUUUAGAAAAUCUAUGGUUGUUUAAUAGGGCUGUUGAUGUUAAUACUAUAGCGCUCAUUGUAAAGGCCAUGUUCCUUCACCAAUGCUGGGCCAAAAUCCUCGUCCUAUUUUGCAUUUUUGCGAUUAAAAUUUAUUCACUGAAA